CAUGAGCUGGCAACACUAGUUUGCACCAUAAACAAAUCGUUUGUGCUUCUUCUUCACAUUUUGCUAUUCAACGGGGUAACCUCCGUCAUGCGCUCCUUCUUAGGCGAUUUUAGCAAACAAUGGUUCAGCCAAACUCCAUCAAUAAAACAAACGAGUCAACAAUAAGAGUGCCAUUCGAUUCGGCACGACAUGCGGAAAUCGCCUUUCGUGUAUUAAGCGUCGACUUGGAGCCGCACCGAAAUUUUGUGCAGAAAAAGCUGAGUCUGGAAGGGGACGUACUGACCGUGCAUUUUAGUGCCGACCAGGUGAAGAAUCUGCGGACUGCUAUCACCUCGUUCUUUGAGUGCCUACUGCUCUGCCAGGAUACUAUCAAACAGUUUGGUGCGCCAACGCUGGAUCAGAAUGCCGGAACACAGCCCAGCGCCCACACCGCAUAGAGCCAUCUAUGGAUUUGCGUUCUACAUGCUCUU